AUGCCGCCCGCAUACAAAGGCAAAGGCAAAGGCCGCGAUGCGCGCCAGUCGCGUAGCCGCAAUACCACCCCGUCCAGUGCUAGUGCUCCCGCCAUCCCAGCACUGCCCAUCCAAAGCUACCUGGAGAACGAUGUCACCAAGCACAUUGACUUGGCUAGUGUGCAAUAUUCCGAUGUGUUAGACCUGGUAUCUGCGCAGAACAUCCCAGAUUCAAAAACAUUGGAGGCAUUGGUGGAGCAUUUGAAGGGUCUUAGUGACAUGGCCGAUCUUCGUGGCGAGGUUUGCAAUGCGGGAAUGCGCGAGAUGUCUCAAAAGCGCAAGGAAGUGGAGGAUCAGGAGCUUGAUCGUGAAGUACGAGAUCGCUCCAAGUUGAAACGUGAAACCGAAGAGGACGACGAUAUUCAUAAGGGCGGGAAGCUGAAGAAGCGGAAAGAACGCCCAAGUGGAAAGGAAGAUCGGCCAUUAAAUCAUGGCGCACACGAGGUCGCGCGCCAGGAUGGAGCGGAGACUAAGGUUGAGGGAGCCGCUUCUCCAGCAUCGAAAAACUCCAAGAAUGCGAUAUCGGAUGAAAGCUCCUCGCUUUCACCUCCGUCGAUGAUGUCCCCCAACGGCACGACCACUGCCGGCGAAGGCCCUCCCCCGGGACACCCGGGUCUGAAACCAGUGCCGAUUCCCAUCAACCUGAACCCCAGCCAGCGAUUCCUCAAGUGCAAGUCUUUGGCGAUAACCCGCUGA